AUGGCUAAUGGGGAUACGGAGGCGUUCACCCUCCUCUCGUUGGGGUUGUUCUUCAUCAUCAUACGAAUCUACGUCCGCUGGUCGCAAGUCGGCGGGCCCCUGAACUUUGCUGUCGAUGACUAUUUGAUGCCAUUGGCAGGAGCCGUCUUUAUUGGCGAAACUGUCGCAGCGCAUCUUGUCCGCAGCAAAUUCAACGGUCUCACAAACAGCUACAUGACCGAUGAGCAACGAGCAGCGCUGGACCCGAGCUCGAAAGAGCACUACGAUCGGCAAUGGGGAUCUAAGAUCCAGGUCAUUGGAUGGUCGCUGUACGCCAUGAUACUGUGGUUGAUCAAGUUCUGCGUCGCCAUUUAUUACUCUCGCCUCACGUCCGGACUGAAUCAUCUCCCUGCACGCGUUCGCUUUGCGUACAUCCUACUCGGCGUGACUUAUCUCGUUGUCGGUCUGACCAUCGUGCUAGGCUGUCAGCCGAUGCACAAGAACUGGCAAAUCAACCCCAACCCAGGGAAUAUCUGCCAACCGACCAAAUCGACCCUUAGCGUUCUCAUCGUCGUCAUUCCAAACGUGAUAACCGACCUCUACCUCAUGUCCAUCCCACUUCCCCUCCUCUGGGCAGUCAAAAUCAGCAUUCGCCAGAAGAUCACACUCAUGACACUGUUCAGCAGCGCGGCCUUUAUCAUCAUGGCGGGUAUAAUCCGCGCCGUGACGAUCCUUACGGCCGGCCCCGACGGCGCCGUCGCAGGAAGUCAAUGGGCAUGUCGCGAGACAUUUGUCUCCAUUGUCGUGGCCAACCUACCCAUCAUCCAACCUUUGCUUCGCAAGGGAGCAAGCAAGAUUGGACUUAGCGUGCUGUUUAGUUCAGCAAGAGGGGGGACGAGCAGCUAUGGCCGCAGACGGGGCGAGUCGUAUCCGCUGGCGAGUCGGGAAGGGCAUACACAGACGACAACGAAGAAGUCUCGCACAAGGUUGUCAGUGCAUGAGCGGACGACGACGGCGGGAUAUGGAAGCGAUGAGGAGGGGCUGGUGGGUACGGGAAAGAAAGGAAAGAUACGUGAUAUUACGGUGACUCAAGAGACGGUGAUUGAGACAGAGCCGGCAGGAAAGGAGCCGGAGGGGACGGGGAAAUAUGAUUGGGGGAUGAGGGAAUAA